AUGGAUAAAUAUAAAGAUUCAAUGAAAUCAGGAAAGGAUGCAUUAUUUAAAGGAUUAUCAAAAGUAAGAGGACCAAAUACAAGAGAGCAAGGUAAAUUUCAAUUUGAUAUAAAGAUUUUAAAUAUUGAAAAUUUACCAGUUACAGGCACAGUUUUAGUAUCAUGGAAAAGAGGUACUAAAUCAUCAAAUAAUGGAAAAACAAAACCAGUUACAGUUAGUGCAAAUAAAUCAGCAUCAUUUAAUCAUCCAUUUUCAUUAACUACAACUCUUUAUAAAGAAAAGCCACCAAAAAAAACUUAUGAAUCAAAAACAAUUGCAGUUUCAAUUAAAGAUGAAAAAACCAAAAAAUCAGUAGCAAAAACAAUGUUAGAUUUAGCAGAUUUCACACAAAACCUUAGAGACGAUCAAUUUAAAGCAAUACCAAUUAAACAAAAGAAAGGUGGUCCAAUUGUAUUGACAUUAAAUGUUAAAACUAAAGAAUUAGAGAUUAAUCCAGAUGACGAACCAGCAACCGAAACUGAUUUAAAUUCAAAUGAUGGUUCAGACGAUGAAGAUGGUGAAGAUUUUGUUGCAGACGAUGACUCAAAUAGUGAUAUUUCAACUGCAUCAUCUACAAGCAAAUUUGGUAACAGACAAGACGAUCAUAGUCAAAAUACAAUGAACGAAAAACCGGCUAGUCCAGCUGAACUUAAUGAUUUAUUAGGAAAUAACAAAAAAUCACCAACUUUAAAUUCAUAUAGUAGUAAAGAAAGCACACCAACCAAAUCACAAACAUCUUCUUAUUCAGCUUCACCUUCAGUUAAACCCUUUAGCAAUGAUCAAGAUGCUGAAUUAAAUGCACUUUUAUCAAAGGGUCCAUCAAAACCAGUUGUCUCAACUGUUUCAAAACCAACCACAACUACUUCAACAUUAACAAGUAACAGUUCAGCUUAUAAUCCAAAUAAAGAUCGUGACUGGAAGAGAGAGGCCGAAGAUUCUAACCAAAGAGUUUUACAAUUAGAAAGACAAGUCGAAAUGUUACAAAAAGAUUUAAAGAAUGGUGGUGGCGGCGGCGGUGGUGGUAGUAGCAAUAAUACAGGUGGUCCAUCAGCACAGGAGUUUGCAGAUUUAAAAAAAAGAUUUAGAGAAAUUUCAGGUGAUAACAUUGAUUUAGAAGAUAAAAUUAAAGAUCUUGAAGAUAAAUUAUCUAGUGCAAAUAAACAAGCUGUAGCAUCAGGUUCAGUUAGUAAACAGGUAGCAGAUCUCCAAGAACAACUUCGUCAAAGAGAUUCUACUAUUCAGGAUUUAAAUUUAAAGAGCAGACGUUUAGAAAGAGAUUUACAAGAUAAAGAACAAGAGGUUGCUGAUCAAAACGAACAGGUUAAAUAUUACCAAUCACAACUUAAAACUUCACAACAACAAACCCAACAAGCUAUGGCCGCUGCCGCAGCUGCAUCAACUUCAGUAUCAUCAGGUUCAAGUAGUGAGGCUCAAGAAGAAAUUGAAUAUCUUAAGAGAGAAAUUCAAGUAUUAAAAGAGACCCAAUCAGCUCCAAAUGUAGGUGGUGGUACAUUAGAAUUAAAGAGAAAGAUUCAAGAUCUUACCAGAGAGGUUAAAGAAAAGGACGAUAUGAUCAAUAAAAUGAAAUCAGGUGGUUCACCAGCAACAACAGCAUCUGUUAUUACCUCACCAGUUUCCUCAUCCUCCUCACCUAAUAUUACAAUCAUCAAUCUAGAAAAACAAAAUGCAGAUUUAAAUAAAACUAUUCAACAACAAAAGCAAGAGCUCGAAAGAAAUAAACAAGAGAUUCAACAAUUACAACAAAAGUCAUCCUCAUCAAGAGUAUCAUCACCAGUUUCAGGUGACGAAACAGUCAAGCGUGAAAACAUUGAUCUCAAAGAUAAAAUUACAGUUUUACAAGGUGAUCUCAAGCGAACACAAGAUAAAUAUGAUCAAUUAAAUAGAAGAUAUAAUGACGAUAUAGAGGAGCACAAUAAUAUUGUUAAUGACCUUAGAGACCGUGAAGAGGCACUUCAUCGUAAAGUUGACGAACUUCAAGAAUCUAACCAACAAAUGGAAAAUAAGAUGUCAAUGUCUAUGACUUCUGCAGCUGCUCUUAGUAUGACUGCUGGUGCCAGUAAAUACUCUAGCGAUAAAUCAAGAGAAAAAGAUAAACAAGAAAAAGAGCAAUUAGAAAGACAAUUGGAGCAAACCAAAACUGAUCUCUCACGUGAAAGAGAAAAGACAAAGAAAUUAGAAAGAGAAAUUAGAGAUCUUAAAGACCGUAUUAGAUCACUUGAGGAUCAACUAGAAGGUGGUUCGUCAAAUGGUUUUGUACCAACUGUUGCCAAAUCUGAUGAUCAAGAAAGAGAAGAAACUAGACUUAUAGAGCGAUCAAUUUUUGUUCAAUCAAUGACUUUCAGAGAUGGUGUCGGUGUAACUGCCUUAUCAUUAUUCGAAAAACUUUCAGAUUUAAAUGCCUUCUCAAGCCAAAACAGUAGACUCUUUAAUAAAGUUCAUUCGGCUCUCUCUCAACAAGUCGAAAAAUCAAUGUACAACUCAUUUGAUCUUUCUUAUUGGUUAUCAAACAUUUCAAGUCUUAUUCAUUUAAUUAAAGAUGGUCCAAAUAAUAUCGAUGAUGAAUAUGAUCCAAUUAUUGACGGUAUUUUGGUUAUGGAUAAUGGCUCUCCAUCAAUGGGCGGUAGAAAAUCACCAUCACAAACCUUCUAUUAUCAAUUAAUCAGCCUCUCUAGAGAAAUUUAUUCAUUAUUAUUACAUAAUAUCUAUAAUAAGCUUAGACCAAAAUUAACAAAUAUUAUUUCUCAAGGUACUUGUAUUUUAGAUAAAAAAACAAAUAGAUUCUCAGCAGUCGAAAAUGAUGCAGAUAUUAAUAAAAUUUGUAAAUUAUUACAAAAGUAUAUGAAUUUCUUUAAAGAUAGAUUCCUUUUCGAUAGUAUAGUUCAACAAUUCUUCUCUCAAACAUUCCAUUUUAUUAGCCAUACUUUAUUAAACGAUAUUUUAGGUUCAGACAAGUAUUGUACCCCAGCCAACGGUUUUAAAUUAAAAUUAUCAUUAAGUAAGUUUGAUGAUUGGAUUUCAUCUUGCGAGGAAAGAGAACUCUUAGAACCAUGCAGACACCAAUUUAUGGCCAUCAUCGAAGCUGCCAAUCUUAUGGUCAUUGAUAAAUCAAUUUUCACCGAUUCAGAAAGUAUUUUAACUGCCUUUGAAACCCUUAAUGUUCUUCAAAUCAAAAAAUUAUUAGAAGUUUGGAAACCAGAUAGCCUUUCCCCAGACCCAAUUCCAAUGAGUGUUAUGCAAAUGUCUCGUACAAACUGGAAUAGACCAACUCAUAAUUUAACACUCCAAAUCGAUCCAACUAUAUUACUCGAUAUUAAACCAACACUUGCAUAA